UGUCUGUAUGUUAAGGUUCCAGAUUGCGAGGUGAUAAUUCGCAGUCUGAAGAAUCCCAUGCAGUCAGUUAAGGUUAAUGAUGCAUUGGCUAUGCUGCUAUACCAAGCACCCUCUGGGAUCGCAAUUUUCUGUUUUGAUGGGAGUUACCUCAACGAUUCAGUGGAGGACUUCUGGGCAUGCUUGCCACAGCUUAGUCUGAUAGUGUUCAUAAAGAAGGAGCAGAUGCCCAUCCCCAUCAACCCUUCUACUGAGGUUAUCGUUGGUCGCCUGGUCAAGAGGCUCAGGAAGCUGUGUGGUUCUGGGAGGAAACUAGUUGUGGGAAGUUCUGAAUAUAAACGGAUAAUUGAGAUGAAACUGGGAAUAACCUGUCUGCACGUUGAUGUUCCGGAUUGCGAGGUGAUAAUUUGCAGUAUGAACAAGCCCGCUUUAUUGCCUCAACAACAAACAGAUCCGACCAAAGAUUUGGAAUUAUUCUUACAUGAACAUGGUUUUGAUGUCAACCUUAAGAUGGUUGAUGACACGUCUCUUAAGCAGUCAGCUUAUCUCUUGCAUGAUACCGAAUUAUGUGAAAAGGAGUAUUUGAAGUUCUUCCGCCUUCUUCUAAAGGACUUCAUGGUUACAUCUGAAAUUGACACUAAGAGUUGGGUUUUAAUCCAUUUUGCAACAGCUCUGAAGAUGAUCUGUUACCCUGGAGCAUCAUAUGAAGUCUACCGCCCUGUUAAGCUUUUCUCAUUUGAUGAGGUUCGAAAGAUAGAGGCUCAUGCAUCUGGAUACAGAAGAAGCUUUUCUAGGAUUGAUGCCUUGUCUGUCUACGAACAUGUUGUUAGUCUCAAUUCAAAGAAGUGUGUACUAAUGUUCAAAUUGGACAUCAGGACUCAAGAUUAGGAAAUGAAGAUGUCAUAAUUGUCGAAGUGUAUAUGUGGAUUGACUAGCCUUUUUCAUUAGUUCGGACUUUUGGUUGCGUUGGCUAGUGCAUAAAGCUUAACAAUAUUAAGCAAAGAUCAUUCUUCAGGAAAACA